GGGUGCAGCGAGGGUGAGGUGGGUGGGGGCGAGCAGCGCACAGAGAGCCCUGAGCGCCGCCAGAAUGGUGCUGGAAGGAAACCCUGACGUGGGAUCCCCUCGAACCUUGGACCACCAGCACCCAGGGAACAAGGGCUCUUGCAUCCUCUCUUCUCCUGGUGAAGACGCACUGCCAGGCGAGGAACCCAUCAAGUAUGGUGAACUCAUCGUCCUGGGCUACAAUGGGUGUCUGGCAAAUGGGGACAAGGGCCGCCGCCGAAGCCGCCUGGCACUGAGCCGCCGGCCACAUGCCAACGGAGUGAAGCCAGACGUCAUGCACCACAUCUCCACACCACUCGUCUCCAAGGCCCUGAGUAACCGAGGCCAGCAUAGCAUCUCGUACACACUGUCCCGGAGCCACUCAGUCAUAGUGGAGUACACACAUGACAGCGACACAGACAUGUUCCAGAUUGGCCGCUCUACGGAAAACAUGAUUGACUUCGUGGUAACAGACACAUCUCCUGGCGGAGGAGCCACAGAGGGCCCUUCUGCCCAAAGUACCAUCUCCCGCUAUGCCUGCCGCAUCCUCUGUGACCGCCGGCCACCCUAUACUGCCCGCAUCUAUGCUGCUGGCUUCGAUGCCUCUAGCAACAUUUUUCUUGGAGAACGGGCAGCCAAAUGGAGGACUCCUGAUGGUCUGAUGGAUGGCCUGACAACCAACGGGGUCCUGGUGAUGCACCCAGCAGGUGGCUUCUCCGAGGACUCUGCCCCAGGUGUCUGGAGGGAGAUUUCUGUCUGCGGGAAUGUGUACACAUUGCGGGAUAGCCGCUCAGCCCAGCAGCGGGGGAAGCUGGUGGAAAACGAAUCCAACAUCCUGCAAGAUGGUUCGCUCAUCGACCUCUGUGGGGCCACACUGCUGUGGCGCACUCCAGCAGGGUUGCUGAGGGCACCCACACUGAAACAACUGGAGGCCCAGCGACAGGAGGCCAACGCAGCACGGCCCCAGUGUCCUGUGGGCCUCAGCACCUUGGCCUUCCCCAGUCCAGCCCGUGGCCGCACAGCACCUGACAAGCAACAGCCCUGGGUCUACGUCCGCUGUGGUCAUGUCCAUGGCUACCAUGGUUGGGGCUGCCGGAGGGAGCGAGGCCCUCAAGAGCGCGAGUGUCCUCUUUGCCGCCUUGUGGGACCCUAUGUGCCCCUGUGGCUUGGCCAGGAGGCUGGUCUCUGCCUGGACCCUGGGCCACCCAGCCACGCUUUUGCACCCUGUGGCCAUGUCUGUUCUGAGAAGACUGCCCGUUACUGGGCCCAGACACCACUGCCUCAUGGCACCCAUGCUUUCCAUGCGGCCUGCCCCUUUUGUGGGGCUUGGCUCACUGGUGAGCAUGGUUGUGUCCGCCUAAUUUUCCAGGGGCCACUGGACUAGGCUCUCCAGGGUCCUUGCUGCCAUGCUUGCCUACCCACCCAGGUCCCCCCUCUCCUGCCAUUCAGAGGGAGCUCUGCAUGUGGGACUGUGCCUGCUGGCAAUAGCCACACCAGUUGGACACAUUGGAUGGGCUGUGACCCUCCCCUCAACUCUAGCCUCUAAGACGAUCCCUGAGAUCUCUAUCCCAGUCGUACUGAUGGGGACUUUAGCACCAGCUCUGCCCCAGGCUGAUGGAGGGUGCCCCAUGCCCCUGUCCUUCCUGGGAUAUCUACAUCAUGCUGCCUACACUGUGUCCCUGGGGGAGUGAAGGGGCCAUGGCCCCUGACUUCCAGCUUAGUCCGGUUGUGCCCUGAACCUGCCAAUCUGGUAACAGCUACUCCUUCCCCCUGCUGCUGCCCUGGGUUGCUCUAUAAAUCUGCUCAGCUGCCCUCACAGACCCACGUGACCCACAUGCAUGCAGUGUCUCCAGCACUCUGAGUACUGAAUGGGCCGGCAGUCUGAGGUCAGCAUUUGCAGGCAGGAUAGCACCAAGUGGAGGUCACAUGGGCAGUCAGGUUCUCCACCAGGUGGAGUUCACAGCCUAGUGAAGGGUAGACUGCCUCGCGGGUGUUAGGACCAGGGAGUUCCAGGUUCUAGGGCUAGAGAACAGCACUUGAUGGAUUUGGGGAAGCAAAAGGCUUCGUCGAGGUGGCAGCACAGGAGCUCGGCCGCCAGGCUGGCUUGGACUUUUCCAGGCCCACAAGGUAAGGGCUCUGUACCCUCUCCGCACAGGCUCAGGGUAAGGAAGCAGGGAUGGGGAAACAGAUUAAGGGAUGCUGGAGCGUAGGGUGUGGUCAUGCUUGGUGGAGAUUCAGAUUCUCAUUUGUGAACAAUCAGGAGUCAGCUCCACGGCACUGGCUCUGACCCAAGGGCUACCAACACUGAACAGUCACUGUGUGUCCCAUCCCAUCCUAACAGUCACUUCAGCAGUGUUCACGGAACCCUCACUAGGUACCAGGACUCUGCCUCUUGAAGAUUUGGUCAUUUAAUCCACACAGUGAUCCAGGAAGGGAGAUGUCCCCACUUAGGUUGGUAGAAAGAUAAAGUUACAAUCUAGUUGCAAGGGGUUAUGGGAAGCCACACCUACCCAUCAGACUAUACUAAGGCUGGGCAGGACGGAGGCAAGGCAGUUUAGAAUCUAUUUCAUGGAAAAGCUGAAUAGGUAGAUGGAUAUAUAUCCACCUGCUCAGUGUCCAGCCCCAUGUGGGCCCCAGCAAUGAGCAAGGGCUCCCACAUAGAGGAGGCCCUGUGGGACUGACGCCAGAAGCUGAUCACCACAUCCUGCUGGCCACCUGUACAAGAAGGCAUUGCCCCGAGAACUCUAGAGGGCCUGAAACCAGAGCCACAUCUUGAUUGGCAGACACUGCAAAGGCAGGAUGGAGUUUGGAGGGCAGCAUAGAAGAGCAGGGAAAGUGCCUAACAACCAGCAUCCGUAGAGAAAGAGUGAUGGGACCAGGGCUGUAGGCUGGGACCUGGUGGACCCUGGUGACUGUGGAAGUCAAGUCAGUGCCAACCCCUCCCUACUCCUGUUGGUGAGUCAGGUCUUCCUGUGAACCAGGGGCCGAGCUGGGGUUUCCCCCUGAUCAUUUAAAGGAAAGUGAACCAGGAAAAUAGGUAGGUAGACAAUAGAGAAACAAAAGGGGGUGGCUCUGAGUGUAGGUGUGACCUUGUCCUCAGUGCAAGAUAGAUGCCACAGCUUCAGGGAGGUGCAGAUUCCACAAGAACCUGCACAGCUGGUUGAGGCCAGAAAGACCAGGCUUGGGCUAUUGAGAGGACAGAAGACAGCUUUCCCACAGACGAGUGCCACAGCUACCAUGGGAUGCAUGGCAGAGGGGAUGCCACAGUGUGAAGAACAUUUCAGCCCUACCCCCAAACACUAGAAAUGAAACUCGACCCAGUUCUUGCUAAUGCUCCUGUUGAGGACCAGGCAGGGGAGCAUAUUCUGAUCUCAUAUCCGGUUUUGAAUCUCAGACUCUGGGAGGAAGGACCAAUGAAAGGUACCUGCCUGGGCUCUGGGAAGAACUCAGGCUGGCGGUGGGAGCCAGCCCUUGAGCUUCAGAUUCCACAACUGUCAAAUGGAACGACAUUCUCUAAGGCCUCUGCUUGCAAUCCCAGCAUUUGGUAGGGUAAGGAAGGAGGGACAUUGUGUGUUUAUUGCUAGCCUGAGCUACAUGGCAAGAUCCUGCCUCAAACAAACAAAAACAAAGAGUACUUUGUUCACCAGGGGGAUGUAAACAUACAGAAAAGCCAUGACCCAUUAAUAGAAUGUGCUACGAUGAGAGAGAGAGAGAGAG